GUUUGUUUGUUUGUUUGUUUGUUUGUUUGUUUGUAUAACCAAGGCUUAGCACAAUGCCUGGCACAUAGUAAGUGUUUAAAAAAAUGCUUGUUUAUUCUGUUUUCAAACAAUACAAUUGUGUUUUCAGGGCAUGUGAUUUGGGGAUCCAGUUCUAUUUUCAAAAAAUCUUAAAAAAAUUUUUUUUUAAUCUAUUGGAUCCAAAGCAAAAGAGUGGUAAAGGGCUAGGCCAUAUGAGUUAAGUGACUUGCCCAGUAUCAUACAACUAGAAAUUAUCUGAGGCUACAUUUGAACCCAGGACCUCUUUCUCUCUAGGCCUGGCUCUCAAUUUACCAAGCCACUUAGCUGCCCCUAUUUUAAAACUUUUUAUUCAACUUUUGUUUUUUUUAAAAACUCAAUGGAGUUUUGUUUUGUUUUGUUUUGUUUACUUAAGGAACAUUUCUUUAAAUGUGACUUUUCCUUUCUUGACAAUUGGAUAAUCUUUCCUUUGUCUUUGUAAUGCUUUAGUUGUACAUUUGUGGGUCUCACCUCCCUAGGAUCCUGUAUGUUCUGUCUACCUAGGACAUAGAUUACUCAUUGGAAACUCCCUUAGAAUUUAAUGAGACUGACCCCUUCAUUUUAUAUUUGAGGAGAGGUUGUGACUUUCCCAAGAUGAUACAAGUAUUAGAGAGCAGCAUGAAGAUUUGAACUCUGGUCCUCUGAAUACAGAUUUAACAUUCUUGGCAUUGUGAUCAAUAUUGCCUGAUCUAGUCUACUGUGGAAAUUUUUCUCCAUUUAGGUUCUCAAAUGUAUCUUUUUUUCAGUAUCUUCUGAACCCUAACUAAUGUUUCUAUUUUUUUGCUUUGUCUUCUAGAUCUAUUAUGUUUUCCUUUAGGUAUUCAUUAGUGGGGAGGGGUUUCUGUCUUUCUUUAUUCCUCACUUGUAUUUUUUAUUAUGAAUUUAUCUUUGAUUUUGUCAGUUCUGUUAUUUGUAGUUUCGACACCUGUUUUUAGGCUUUUUGUGGUAUUUUGCAGUUGUUUCAUUUCAACUUGGGUUUGUUUUAUUGUUUUCCUUAACUGAAUUGCUGUCCUCUAAUUCCUUUAACAGAUUUAUUAUUCAAUUCACUUUUUCUUUUGUAUUUCCACUCUGUUCAUUGAUGCCUCAGCUUGGAUUUCUAGAGGAAUUUUAUCCCUUAGGGCUGAGAUUUUUUAACUUGGGUCCUGUGAACUUUUUGUUAAAAAAAUAACUAUAUUCCAGUGUUAUUGGACUCUUUCAUAAUCUUUUUAUUCAUUUAAAAACUUUAUUCCAAGAAAGGGUCUGUAGAUUUUCCCAGAAUUGUCAAUGGAGUCAAUGUCACAAAAAGAUUAAGAUUCCCUCCCUGCCUUGGGAUCUUUUGUUAUGAGGUUCUUUAUUUAAUUGCAAGAAGUUGCUGUGCCAGGUGGGAAACUUUGGUCCGGUUUAGGAUUGGGGUUGAUCUUACCAAGGUGUGUUCUAGCUGGUUGAGUGAAUUUAGAAGGCAAGGAAUCCUCAGCUUUGUGGAAGAAGUGUAAAAUCCUUGUGAGUUUCUGGGAGGGAUGAAAGAUGAGAGGGGGUUACGGAGGGAUUGGGUCAGUCUUCCUAUAGUGGAGUAAUAUCUCAUUACUACCUCUCUGCUUCUGAACCUAAAUCCAAGCCAUCAAGGGUCAAGAAGUGAAGUGAGAAAGUGCCCUAGAACCCAAUCAGGCAGGAUGAUUUGGGAUGGGGUAGAAGCGGGGAACAUACCACAUCACAUUACUGGCUCCAAGAUUUCAAUGACACUAGUCUAUGUGGCUCCCUAGCCAGUAGCUACAAUUAUACUCACUCUGUCUCUAGGUAGUUAUCUUCCUUUUCAUGUUCUUCUUGAUUUUUUUCUUUACUCUCUUUGUUGAUUAUUUCAGUUAUUUUUUUUUUAGUUGAUUCUCUAGUAUUCUCUAAGUAUACCAUCAGAUCAUAUGCAAAGAGUAAUUUGAGAAGCAUUUCAUCAUCAGUAGAGGGAUUGGAAAGGAGUUGACUCUCCCUUGACUUUCUCACUACUCAGCAAUAUACAGAGUGGGGUGGGGGAGAACAAGCACUAGGUAUAUGAUUUGUUUCGCUUGCAACAUUCUGGUCCAAGACUUUGGCCUCACUGAGAUAUCUACCACCCAACUCUUCUUUCUGUGUUCUAACCACAUGAAAAUGCCUUGAUUUUUCUUUUAUCAAUAUAAUCACCCAGCAACUACAUGAAGAUAUCCAUUGGCGAGGAGCUCCCAGUCUCCCAAAAAUGGGUCCUUCAAACAUAAAACAUUAUUAUUACAUAAAACAUUUAUUGUUAGUGAUGAAAAACUCUUUGGAACAAAGUAAUAAUAAGAGCUGACGUGCCAUGCUUUAAGAUGUAUAGAAUGCUUUUCAUAUAUUAUCACAUUUGAUCUUUACAACAAACUCCUGAUAUGCAUACUAUGAGGUAGUGCCCCCUUUUUAUAGACGAGGAAACUAGACUCAGAGAUUACAGGACUUGAUUGUGAUUCAAAUACAGAUCUUUCCUGACUCCAACUCAAAGCUGUUUCUCCAUUAUGAUAGGGCCCUGACUUCUAGCUCUCUAGGGGACUUCAGAGAUCAUCUAACUCACCUGUCUAAUUUUACAGUUUGAGAAUUUGAGGCUCAUUUGCCAUAUAGACAGAAUUCCCAGGUAUAUCUAUAUUACAAAAGAAUUCUAUCAAGAGCUUCUUUAAAAAUUGGGCUCCCCAGGAGUAUCUGAUUUUAGUUGCACAUACCCUUUUCUAUGACUUUUUCUUCAUAUUCUUUUUUUUUUUAACCCUUACCUUCAGUCUUAGAAUCAAUAUUGUGUAUUGGUUCCAAGAAUGGUGUAAGGGCUAGGCAAUGGGGAUUAUGUGGCUGCUCAGAGUAACACAUAUAGGAAGUAUCUGAGGCCAGAUUUGAACCCAGGAUCUCCUGUCUCUAGGCUUGACUCUCAAUCUACUGAGCCACCCAGGUGCCCCCUUUUUUCUUCAUAUUCUUAACUAAUUCACACAUAGUAAAAUUGCCACUGGGGGCAAAAUUUGGACAUUAAUGCUUUGCUGGUGGAGUUGUGAAUUGAUCCAACCAUUCUGGGAGGCAAUUUAGAACUAGCACUGCUGGAUUUAUACCCCAAAGAGAUAAUAAGGAAAAAGACUUGCAUAAGAAUAUUCCUAGCUGUGCUCUUUAUGGUAGCAAAAAAUUGGAAAAUGAGGGGAUGCCCUUCAAUUGGAGAAUGGCUGAACAAAUUGUGGUAUAUGAUGGUGAUGGAAUACUAUUGUGCUCAAAGGAAUAAUGAACUGGAGGAAUUCCAUGUGAACUGGACCGACCUCCAGGAACUGAUGCAGAGCGAGAGGAGCAGAACCAGGAGAGCCUUAUACACAGAGAUGGAUACACUGUGGUACAAUAAAAUGUAAUGGACUUCUACUAGCAGCAAUGCAAUGAUCCAGGACAAUUCUGAGGGACUUAUAAGAAAGAAUGCUGAUCAUAUCCAGAGAAAGAACUGUGGAAGUAGAAACACAGAAGAAAAACAACUGGUUGAUCACAUGUGUCAGUGGGGAUAUGAUUGGGGAUAUAGACACUAAACAAUCACCUUGGUACAAAUAUCAAUAAUAUGGAAAUAGGUCUUGACCAAAGACACAUGAAAAAUCCAGUGGAAUUGUGUGUCAGAUAUGGGAGGGAGUUGGGGGGAAAGAAAGAACAUGGUUUUUGUAAUCCUGGAAAAAUGCUCUAAAUUAAUCAAUUAAAUAAAAAUUUGAAAAAUUUUUAAAAAUUUCCACUGGGGCAGGAUCAGCCCCCAGAAGGCUUCCCUGGAUUCUCCCAGAUGCUUGAAAAUCCCCUGAAAGCUAUUGGUAUGGGUAGGAGAAAGAGAAGGGAAGGAACGAAGGAAGAGAGGGUGAGAGAGAAAGAGAGAGGUGGGGAGGGAAGGAGGAAGAGAGCAUUUAUUAAGCAUCUACUAUAUACUAGACACUGUGCUAACUCCCGGGGCUACAAAAAUAACAGUACAAGUGAAAAAGAUAGCCCCACUCUCCAGGAGCUAAUAUUCCAUUAGAAGAAGAUAGCACAUAAAGGGGAGCCAACUGGAUGUCUGAUCUUCAGGAGAAUCCUUACUGAUGUUUCCUCUGGAACUAGGUGGUCAGCCUCCACUGGAGGUGGUAGGACACCAUCUGACUGUUGUCAGAUUCUCGCCAUGCUUGGCAGCUGUCUCUGCUUUUGCCGAGGCCAGUCAAACUGAUAUAGUGCUACUUUGACUGAGAUGUCAAAUACUUAGAGGCAACCCCAUCUGGUCUCCAGCAUUUAGCACUAACAUUCUCUCAAAGCUGAGGAAAAAGUGAAGAUACUCCUGUAGGCUUGCCUUGGCAGACGUAUGAGAAGGACAUAGUCAAGAGUCAUAGGCAUUGAUGGUUUUAUUUUUUUUAAACCCUCAUCCUUUGUCUUAGAAUGGAUACCAAGCAUCAGUUUCAGGGCAGAAGAGAGGUAAGGUCUAGGCAAUGGGGGUUAAGUGACUUGCUCAGAGUCACAUAACUAGGAAGUUUCUGAAAUCAGAUCUGAACCCAGUUCCUCCAGUAUCCAAGCCUAACUCUCUAGCCUCUUAGCUGCCCAGGAUUGCUGGUAUUUGAUCUGUAUUAUAGCAGGGAAACUUAGUUACUGCCUUCUUAUGUUACCUAUUUUAUGUGUGCAUAUCUUAUCUCUUAUUAGACUCUAAGUUUCUAGUGUGGGGACUUUAUCUUCUUUAUCUUUUUUCUUUCAGUGCCUUUUACUGACUAGUGUUAUUAACCUUGGCACAGGAAAGGAAUUUCAUAAGCAUCUGGCUAAAUGAUUACUUGAAUAGUGUAAUAUUUACCAACUUGUGGUCCUAGAGGUUGAAUGAUUAUUUAAGAUAAAGGGAAGAAUGAGAUUAUUCUCUUCAGAUACCUACCUGAAGGAUCCUCCUGUGGAAAUGAGAUCAAGUUUCUUCUGUUGAAUUUAUUGUAUCAGAGAAAACCCUGAUCUUGGAGUUGGGAGGUUGUAUUUACAUUCCAGAUCCAGUGCUUCUUUUUCAAGUGGCCCUCAGCAUAUCACUUAAUCUAUCUAAAUCCUAGUGUCUUCAUUCUGUAAAAUGGGUAUGCUAAUACUUCAUCACCGAGUUGGGAUAAAGAAAUACUUUAUAAGCCUUUGGGUAAAUAUAAGUGGUUAUAACCAGAACCAAUCUGUACUUUAUCUGGAGGAAGAUUUUGGCUCAUUUAUUGGAAAUUCCUAACCUAAUCAAAGAUAUCAGAAAAACUAACCACCUUGUGUAAAAUAAGGAGGAAGGAUACCAGCCUGAUUGAUAGAUUAGCCGGAAAAGCAACAGGGGGAAGGGAGCAGAAUGCCGUGAGUUCUGAGAGGGCUGGCUGGAACCUUCAAGCCAUCAGACAGCAGGACUUCACUUCCAACCUGGGAAGUAGAAUGAGGGAAGGUGUUUUUCUGGGAGCAGAGCCAAGAGCCCAUCCAGUGAGACCUGUCUUUCCUUCUGGGACCCUCAAAUACCUCCACUGAGACUCAACCAUCGUCUGUGUGCUUCUCCACAGGGAUCUAGUGUUACUCAAUUUGGCUUUGAGCCAUUCCAUCCACCUCCCUAAAUUCCACUCUCCUAUUUACUUCUUUGAACUGGAUUUAGGAUUUAGCUAAGCAUAAGUAUAGGAAAAGAAGCAGUUGGUGAAGAAAGAGGCCAAGGCACUGUGGCCUCUGGCCUCCAGACUUUGAAAGACAAUAUGCAAGGGGGGCAGCUUUUAGGGCUCCCCUUUCACCCAUUUUCCUUCCUCCUCACACCUUCACCAUCAUUUGCUCCAAACAACCUCAAUAAGCCAUUUGAAGAUAUUUAGACUCUAGGCUUGGGUUUAUCUUAGGCUCUCACAGAGAGGGAGGUUGAGUCCCACCUCUGAGACUCAGCCUUUCUGCCCAAGGAAACCACUACUCUUUCCUUUUCCAGCUUGGGAGCUGGCUGUUGAUGCCCCCUGGGAAGUGGAAGUCACAAAAGGGUCACUUUGUCCCAAAAGGACAAUUCUGACCUGAAGGGAGGCACAGUGUCACUUCAUUGAGUAAACCCUUCUCCUGUCUCCUGCCCUCUAUUGCUCACAUCCCCCCUGUGAAGACAGCACCUGGCGUACUUCUCCCUUCUCUAUAAUAGAUGAGCAACCACUCCUUCAAAUCUCUCUCCCCUUUCUCCCUCCUUUCAUCUCCAUGACACAUUAGGUUUUUAUCUACCUAUUACUAAAGGUAUUAAAGCAGAAUCUGUGAGAGAUAUUGGACAGAUAUUCCACUCCACAGGAAGUUGGUCUAGUUACCCUCUAAAGGCCUAUCUAUCGCCCUAAAUUUUUUCUAUCAAGUUGGCUUUCCUGAACAGAGACUCUUGUAGAAUUUUUAAAAAUCUGUUGUAUUAUUGUCAGUCAAAAAGUAUUUAUAAAGGAGCUCCUAUAUGCCAGAAAUUAUGCCAAGCAGUAGGAGUACAAAGAAAGGCCAGAAACCAGUUUACUUUCAAGGAGCUUACAGUCUAAUUGGGGUAUCCGCAUGUAAACAACGAUGUACAAGCAAAAACAUACACUGGGAAAAUUGGAAAUAACCAAUCCAGAAAAGCAUAAAGUAGAAGAUGGGAUUUUAUCUGGGACUUGAAGGAAGCUAGGCAAGCUAAGAGAGGGGGAUGAAGAGUGAGAGAAUUCCAGACUUGAAGGACAACCAUUGGAAAUACAUGGAGUCUGUAGUGUCUUGUUCAAGGAAAAGCCACAUUGCCAGUGCCACUAAAUUGCAGAGGAUAUGAGGAAAGAGUAAGGUGUAAUAAGACUGAAAAGAAAGAAGGAAGACAAGUUAUGAAGGAUUUGGGGUACUUUUUGUGAAAUUGCUAAAGGAAGGUGACAUGGAGAUUAGAGAGAUAAAUGAACAGACACAUUUAUUUUUUCUCCCUAAAGCUUUCAUUCUGGGUUUUUAUUCAUAGCAAUUUGUUUGCAAGGUAGGAAAAAAAGACACUUCAAACUUUAUUAUUUGGGGAUCAAGAAGAAGUGGCUCUCCAUCUCUGCAUAGGAAUUAAACAAGUUUCCUUCCUACACACUUUUGUUUUAUGGGGGAAAAAAUCAGGGGAUAUGUUAAGGCUAACUAAUGGAGAUUUAAUAUGUCAAUGGGAAAUAUUUGUUUUUUAAUUUAAUUUUUCCAUAUUAUUCAUUUUAACAAGUGAGUAAUCUUAUAAUAUCAAAACCCACAAAUAUAAACCCAACUAAACAAGUGAAAAAUCAUAUCCUUUUAUCGGCAUUUUGACUCCAACAGUUCCUUCUCUGGAGAUGGAAGUCCCAGGAGUUGUCCUGGAUCUUUGUAUUGCUGAGAGUAGCUAAGUCUGUCACAGUUCAAGAGAUCAAGAGAAUGGGAGAUAAUAUGGUUGUAGCUUUGGAUACUCGUGUUUCCAUCCAUAGAUUGAUCACUUCAUUACAAAACUGUGGAUGAUCUCUUUCUUUUUCUCAGCCUCUUCUGAUCCUCUCCUCCUGCCCCCCACUUGUCAAUGAAAUAAGUGUCAAAAGCUGUUGUGCUUCUUUUCUUGGAAGUAGACAUAAUCUAGCCCUUGCUGCCAGCAUUCUCUCAAGUUUCAGAUUCCUCACACACUGGGGGAAGUCAGGAAAUGUAGGGCUUUGCGUGAGGCUGUCCAGUGGCUCUCCCCACGCCCCUUUCCCUCAUCCCUCCUGAGCAACAGGAAGUUAGACAGAAAGCAAAGGAAACUAGUCACAGUUCAUCAGCCCAACUUGACCAAAACCUAGCUGGGGGAGCCCCUGAGGGGAAGCAGAGCAGAGCAGAGCAGAGCCUGCGUGGCAUGUGUUUCUGUCAGGUCCCCAGAAGAAGCAGGAAUGUGGUCACUUUUCUCUUCUCCCAGAAUGAGAAAUUGAUGGAUUCAUCGGCACAAAGAAAAUUUUCAUUUGGGCCAGCCUACAGCAAGAAAGCCAUGUGUAGGACAAAUACUUUCAGCUUAAUGGCUUCGGAGGAGCAGCAUUGGCCUGUGCCAAUGAAGGCCAUUGGAGCCCAGAACCUCUUGACGAUGCCUGGGGGAGUGGUCAAGUCUGGAUAUCUUCACAAAAAAGGUGGCACCCAGCUGCAGUUGCUAAAAUGGCCACUACGGUUUGUGAUUAUCCAUAAGAGAUGCAUUUAUUACUUUAAGAGUAGCACCUCAGCAUCUCCCCAGGGUGCUUUCUCCCUGAGUGGCUACAAUCGGGUAAUGCGAGCAGCCGAAGAAACAACGUCAAACAAUGUUUUCCCCUUCAAGAUUGUUCAUAUUAGCAAGAAGCACCGAACCUGGUUCUUUUCAGCCUCUUCUGAAGAUGAAAGAAAGAGUUGGAUGGCUCUUCUAAGGAAGGAAAUAGGCCAUUACCAUGAGAAGAAAGAACCCUCAUUAGAUUUUAGUGACUCAAGUUCUGACACAGAUAGCUUCUACGGUUCUGUGGAACGUCCCAUCGAUAUCAGUUUAUCCCCGUAUCCCACCGACAAUGAAGACUAUGAACACGAUGAUGACGAUGACUCCUACAUGGAGCCAGAUACCCCAGACUCAGUGAAAGUUGAAGAUAUCAUGAUUCACCCACCAGCUUAUCCCCCACCUCCUAUCCCCACUCCAAGAAAACCAGCCUACUCAGAAACUCAGAGGUCGCAUUCCUUUUCCACCAAGUGCCCCGGACCCCUCCAUCCUCCCCCACCUCCAAAAAGAGGCUUGCCGGAAAUCAAUCCUGAUGAUCUGAAAAGAGAAAUUGUCUCUUCUCGGAGGCCAGAACCUAAUUUGAAAGCGCCCUCUCCCAGUAGGAGACAAAGUGAUCCACCCCUGGGAGGUGUGCCUGUUGUGCUGAACUUCAGGAAACCAGCUUCUCCAGAGGUCGUGUCUCUCGGUCACCUUCUGAAUACCUCCAAAAGCUGUGACAAGUUAAAAUCCAUCCACCUGUCUCCUCGAGGACCACUUCAGGGAUCACCUCUGGCUGAACCUCCUCCAAUCCCAGCCAAUAAACCCAAACUCAUAAAGAUAGGAGAAUUACAGCCUGCAAGAGAAACUAUCAAACCUGGACUCUUUGUGCCCCCUGUGACGCCCAAACCACCAGCCCUGGUGCCUAAACUCCCCAUGCCUGAACUGAAGCCCAGAAUCGAAAAACCUCUACUUCCCCAGUUACAGAGAUCCCCACCAGAUGGGCAAAGUUUCAGAAGUUUUUCCUUUGAGAAACCUUCACUCUCAACUAAGGUUGAUAGCAGCUGUGAGGAUUCAGAUGAAGACUAUGAAAAGGUACCACUGCCUAACUCCAUCUUUGUCAACACCACGGAAUCCUAUGAAGUGGAAAGCUUGUUUAAAGCCACUGAUCCUAGGGGACAGCCACAAGAUGGACUCUACUGUAUCAGGAAUUCUUCGAAGACAGGAAAGGUUUUAGUUGUGUGGGAUGAAGGCUUUAAUAAAGUGAGAAACUACCGGAUCUUUGAAAAGGACUCCCGAUUUUACCUUGAGGGAGAGCUCUUAUUUGUGAGCAUUGGAAGCUUGGUUGAGCACUACUACACCCAUGUCUUGCCUGGGCACAAGAGCCUUCUUCUUCAGCAUCCCUAUGGCUACUCGGGGCCCAGGUGACACUUGACUGACUUAGUGAUUUGGUGCAGUAAUCGAACCUAGACACAGAAGAAGGAAAGAAAGACUUGGAUGGUUGGUUUGACUUCCAGUGAUAGCUGCCUGCCUACUCAACCUGGAUCCUUGAUUUCAUCUCUCCUGCAUGUUAUUUUGAGCUCAUGUUAUUCUUCUGCUGUGUAUUCUCUCCCAGAGACCAGUGGAUUCAGAUCACUCUCCACCUCUCUUACAAUGACUUCCUCUCCUCUCUAAUCCCCAAAGUGAAUUCAUCCAUCAUAAAUAAGCACAUCCUCAACCCCAUUUAUCAAGUUGUUCUUAAAGGACUUCUUCCCUGAUGGCCAAAACUGGAGAAAGCAAUGAAUGACAAUAUUGGAAAAGGUCACUACAGAAGUGAACAGAGAUAUUUUUGUGGAUCAGGGCACAGAUUACUGUGUCUCUUGGACUUACUGAGACAGCUUGAGAAGUCUUAGUAGACUUACAGAGCUAAUGACUUAAGGCAGCUAUGUGGUACAGUGGAUUGAAAGAGGGACCUUGAGUCCAGAAGACCUAAAUUCAAAUCUACCUGAUGCACUAGUUGUAUGACCUUGGGCAAGUCUUUUAACCAGUUUGCCUCUGUUUCCUCAUGUGGAAAAUGAGGAUAAUAAUAGCACCUACCUCCCAAGGUUGUCGUGAGGAUCAAAUGUGAUAAUAAUUUUAAAGCGCUUAGCACAGUGCCUGGCACAUAAUAGGCACUCUAUAAAUGCUAGCUAUUAUUAAUGGAUUGUUUUAAGCAAAAUUGUAUUAAAUUCACUUGCAUUUCAAGCAAGAAACAUUUCAAAGUGACCUCACAUACACACCUUCACCCCCUCCUCCUUUUCCCUGCUGGCCAGGAAUAAAAAUAACAAAAUAGACUGAGGAUGCUGAUAAAAACAAGGAGCAUCAAGAGCAGAGAAAUCUCCAUGGAGAGGUGGAAGAUCCCUUCCUAGGGAUGAGCAUGGGAAUGGACUAUUUGAAAGGGAAAUUGUUAUGAGGCUUCCAUCAUGGGCAAGGAUUCUAGUGGCACUCCUUGAGUUCUCCUUGGGCUGGCGUGCAGAAUGGUCUCCCAUCUCUCAAUCCCUCAAUUGCCACCUUGCAAUGUGUCAUCAGGAAGCUGUUAUCUAUUGCACAAAAUACCAGAUUGAGCCCACCUUUUGUCCUAGUCUCUUGGGCUUGUGUUUAUCAGCAGGAAACCAACCAAAAGACUUGUUCUUGUGCAACCAAUGAGACGUUGAUCCUUUUGUUCCAGUUGUGGGCUGAUUAAAAACAAAUGAGAACUUGGUGCCAAGAGAAGGAGGAAACUCUAAGCCAAGACAUUAGAACUGGUUUGCAUUGCAGCAGACACUUUUUACUCUGGGGGACAAUUAAGUUGGCAUAGAAUGUUUAUGUCCUUUAAUAUUCCCCCUGUGCGAACGCUAAAGAGAGACUCUUGUUAUUAAAGAGAGACUCUGAUGUUAACUAAUAAAACAGAACUAGAAACAUUCCAGAUUA